UUGUUGGGCAGCGGUCUUCCUGGCGGCGUUUAACCAUCGUGCACGAUCAGUUUCUGGUAGGACGCGUCUCUCUUCUCAUCGGCGAUCGGAACCGUGAAGCAAGUCGUAUUCAAAACUUUCCCGGUGUUCAAGCGUGCUGAUCUCGAGAGAAGGUCGCGGUCACGAGGUUUCUGAAUUCGUGAACAUAACAUUCCCGCAUUCUUUUUAAAAGAAGAGAUUUUCUCAUAUAAGUCAAGAAUUAUCUCUACUUUUUAGACAUUGUAUCAUCAAUAUGACUAGUCUCAUCCGACUUGUUGUUAGCAAUUAUAACGAAGUUAUAAAAAAUGUCAGAGAUCCAAUGGUGGAUACUUGGCCUUUAAUGGAAUCUCCAGGUCCUGUGUUAUGUAUUGUUAGCGCGUAUUUGAUAUUUGUCUUAAAAGCUGGACCAAAAAUGAUGGAAAAAAGGCCAGCCUUUCAGCUGAAUAACGUUAUGAUCGGAUAUAAUGCAUUUCAAGUACUUUUCAGCAUUUGGUUAACAACUUUGAUAUUGGACGUCGAUAUUAAAUAUUUAUUUUUCGCUCAUGGAUAUGAUAAUCAUUUAUCACCUGACAUAAAUGUACAAGUAGCGAUGUCACGAGGCGCUUGGUGGUAUUUUUUCGCAAAAGUCAUCGAACUUCUUGACACGGUAUUUUUCGUUUUGAGGAAAAAGCAAAAUCAGAUUACUUUUCUUCAUGUUUUUCACCAUACUAUAACGGCUGUCUUCUCGUGGUGUUAUUUAAAAUUUUUGCCUGGUGAACAAGGCGUUGUCAUUGGUUUCUUGAAUUCUAUAGUCCACGUCAUUAUGUACAGUUAUUAUCUCAUUGCGGCACUUGGCCCUAAGUAUAAAAAGUAUCUCUGGUGGAAGAAAUAUAUGACUUGGAUUCAGCUGACGCAGUUUGCUUUAAUGUUAGUUUACCUAGUACUAACAUUGAUCAUGGAUUGUCGAACGCCAAAAGCUCUAACUUAUUUCUUCGUAGUAAUGAUAAUAAUCUUUAUUUAUCUAUUUAGCGACUUUUAUCGUCAAGCGUAUAAGAAAAAACUUACUUAAUAAUGAAUAUUUUGUGUCACACAACGUAAAUAAUCAAUAAGUACAAAACAAAUUAUUUAAAUCUACUUAUGUUUAAAUUUUAUGUAAAUAAUAAAGCUAUAUAUUGUUUAAAAAAUAUAUAUCCUUAUAUACAAGGAACAAAAUAAUUAUAACUUGCAUUGCAGCAAUAGAAAAUUCAUUGAACAUCAA